UGACAAGUUUAAUUAAGGCCGAAGCAAUGCCGUUGGGUGAAGCCGUACUUGACGCACGUUCCAAGAAGGCAAUAUAUGGAUAGAUGUAAACAGUGUCUCUGGGCGCUGAGCAUAGAUCAAACACCUAAUUACAGACCAGACAAAGUUUGAUCUACUUCUUCCGUCACUUUGUACCAUCUUCGUUGUGUAAUGCCUGCGGUACCGCAGAUGCCCUAGAUUUCCCCAUCGCCGUUUCUCCGCUGUGAUGGUAUGCUAUAAAAGCUUCAUAUCCGCUCCUGUGACCCCCAUUGUCCGAGCUGUAUCUUCAUGCCUAUUACAUCCAAUGCCGCAGCAGCCACGGCUGCUUAUGAACACUUCAUCAAAUUCAGAAUGCAGUAUUCGAGUCUUGCUAUACUUUAUUAUGACUACGUCCUCACCUUCGCAGACGAAAUCCACUAUAUGUGGCGCCUUCGUUCCUUGACCCAAAUAUCGACGCUGCUCUAUAUCUGCUGUCGUUAUGCUAUUCCAGGAAACUUGAUGUAUCUUCUGGCAAAUGCUGGCGUACUCGGUGGUAUUGACCGCUGUAAUACCUGGUAUAGAAUCAUUGCUGCUUUGAGUGUCAUGGGAAGGGCUUCAGUCAUCACUGUCUUAGGUAUGCGAGCAUAUGCCAUGUGCGCACAAAACAAAUUCGUUCUUCUGGUGUUGUUGCCUCUUGGUCUUUUGAUUCCUAUCCUUGAUAUAAUUCAAAACUUGAACCUAUCGUGUAGUGAUGGUCAAGCCCAUGAUCUGGAUUCUCAAAAAUAUCAACUAGAGGGCAAUUUGUUGUCCAUCAUGAUUCCCAUCUAUGAUUUUAUUGCUGCUACAUUCACUAUCACUCGUGGCAUACAGGCUCUGAAGAAAAUGCCUCGAACCGCCACAUUGCAGGACUCGGUUUAUUACUUGUUGGUUGAACAGGGUAUGAUCUAUUUCAGAGCUAUCUCUGCAAUCACAAUCACGCAAUCCAUUAGUAGCUUCCAUCCCGUCAAUCCUGCAGGAGGAGUGGCAUUCAUUGGCCAAAUUAAUGCAUUUUCUGUGCCGGUUUCUGGACUCUUGAUUGCUCGCUUCCUUCUACGUCUCCGUGCCGCUCAGGAAAAUCUCAAUCCAAGUAGUGGUACACUUCGUACUGCGGGCAUCUGCAGCACAGUCCAAUUUGCAGAUCGUGAUGCUCUUUCUUCAUCAACCACUGGGACAUCCACGUUCAGAGCAGUUGCUGGUGAGAAUGGGGAGGGAAUGCCAACUGAGUCUACCUUUCGUCGGGUCAUUGAUUCUGUCAUGAAUGAAUUUGGAGAUGACCCUGUGGCACGAACAAAGGACAUGCUAGACAUAACAGCGGUUGAGGCCAGUGAUGUUAGCCUAGUAGUAGGGGAUCAGGUUUAAGUAAUUAAUAAGGCCAUGUUUCAGGAUUUAGUGAACUACUCAUAUUUAUGUUUCUGGUAUAUGAAGUUGGAAAGUAUCACUACCCCCACACAAAUAUAGUUCCUUAUGUGU